GCAGGUGCAGGAGUGUCAUCAAGCAGCUGUCUGAGAAAGAGAAGGACCCCUACAUUCUGGGUUUCGUCUCGCACUUCAUCAUCAUGAGACUGUCUCCAAAUCUGCUGCUGUUCUUUUCUUUCCUGUCACUUACCGGGGCACAAACAGCAGCUACAUUAACAUCAUCUGCAACAACUGCUUUAAAUUCACUUGCAUCAACUACACCUGCAUCAACUACAUCUGCAACAACAACAUCUGCAUUAAAUUCAUCUGCAACAACAACCUCUACAUUAGCAACACUGGCAGCAGCAUCGACGAUCUUCUAUCCAUUUGGUUGGGUGGCUGGAGACACCGAACGUUUUAUUAAUUACAAUGAAAGCUAUGAUUACGUUGCCUUCUCUACCCCAUUUUCAUUCUUUGGCCGCACAUACAACCACACAUAUGUUAACAGUAACGGACUCCUUACUUUCAGUCAACCUUCAACUGGAGCUCAAGCUUUCCCUUUACCUGCAUAUGGAAAUGAAGAUUACAUUGCUCCGCUCUGGACUGACCUCAAUGACUUUGGGAUGGGUGUUUAUUCAUAUCAUCAGUACACAGAUGGAAGUGUCCUCACUCGUGCCACACUGGAUAUAAAGCGAUAUUUCCCUCAGAGGGCUUUUUCUGCUUCUUGGGUCUUUGUUGCAACAUGGGACUAUGUUAAAACGCGGAAUAUAAGUGUAUUUAAUCUUCACUCAGGACCGGCAGUCAGAUUUCAAGCGGUUUUAAUUUCAGGAGGUGGUUUUUCUUUCAUUCUGAUUAAUUAUGGUAACUGUGCUGCCGUAUCCUUUCCAGCGGAGGCUGGAUAUGACACUAUAAACUCCACAGACUUCUUUCAGAUUCAUUGUUCAACUAAUGGCAGCUCCAUCCCAAUCCUCAAGAACUCGACUAACGUAAAUGUUCCGGGUCGCUGGGCUUUACUUGUGAACCCCGCGCCAGCACCAGCGAUAUUUUACCCAUUUGGCUCAUCAGAAGACACAAGAAAUCCUGCUGUUGAUGACGGAAGCUCUUCUGUUGUUCAGCUGUCGAGUCCAUUUCUAUUUUUUGGCCGGACAUACCGGCAGAUUUAUAUUAAUAAUAACGGACACAUCACAUUCAACCAGCCUUCAUGGGAAUUUGUUCCCUACUCGUUUCCUGCUAAUCAAAGUCAGGAUAUAAUUGCUGGUCUCUGGACUGAUCUUGACAACCGUGAGAGAGGUGUUGUUUCAUAUCAGCAGUACACCAGUGGACAUGUUCUGACUCGUGCCACUCAGGAUAUAAAAACAUAUUUCCCAGAUCUGAACUUCAACGCUUCUCAGGUCUUUGUUGCAACUUGGGAAAAAGUUGCUUACUACAGCUUAACCACCACAAUGGGCCUUCAGAACAGAUCGUGGGACACGGGGCUGUCAAUUUAA